AUGGCGUCGGAUGCAGCUUCACAGAUUACCGUUGGGGCUCUCGGGGCUAUCUUCGAUGAGACCAAGCCCCAGGUGCGUGAGCCGAUCGUUCAGUGUGUACAAGUCAAGCCUCUACCGCCGCAACCAAACCACCCAGAACGUUAUCGGGCCGUCUUCAGCGACAUUGCUAAUUAUGUCCAAACAAUGCUUGCCACCCAAGCCAACCACGUGGUGACCGAUGGACAUCUGCGAAAGGGAUGUUUUGUUCGCCUCAAGUCCUUUCAAGCGAAUUCGGUUAAGGGUAAAAAAAUCCUCAUCAUCUUGGACCUGGAGGUCUUGAAGGAACUCGGCGAGGCAGAGAAGAUCGGAGAGCCCAAGCCGCUAGAAAUCAAGGCCGAAGAUGAGGAGAAGCCUCAGCCAACGACAAUUUCCAGCAAUGGGUUCUAUGGAUCCAAGCCUCCCAGCGCACCGGCACAGCAGUCCAAUCGAGCGCAACCCACACGAGGUCCCUCUUCUUCCGCCCAUGCCACCAUCUACCCAAUCGAGGCCAUCUCUCCCUAUUCCAACAAGUGGACGAUCAAAGCUCGGUGCACGAGCAAGUCAAAUAUCAAGACCUGGCACAACAAGAAUGGCGAAGGGAAAUUGUUCAGUGUGAACUUGCUUGAUGAUAGCGGUGAAAUUCGUGCGACCGGAUUCAAUGAUCAGUGCGACAUGCUGUAUGAUCUGUUUCAGGAAGGCAGCGUGUACUACAUUUCCAGCCCUUGUCGAGUUCAGAUUGCCAAGAAGCAGUUUACGAACCUCAACAAUGACUAUGAACUUACGUUUGAGAGGGACACGUUGGUAGAGAAGGCCGAGGAUCAAAAUGAUGUGCCGCAAAUCCGCUUCAAUUUUACCACAAUCGGCGAUCUGCAGUCGGUAGAGAAGGAUACUACCACCGAUGUCAUUGGAAUCUUGAAGGAUGUCGGCGAAACAUCUCAGAUUGUGUCCAAGGGAACUGGCAAACCCUAUGAUAAGCGUGAGCUUAACUUGGUUGACAACACUGGAUACUCUGUCCGCUUGACCAUUUGGGGUGCGAGCGCAGUCAACUUCAAUGUCCCCCCAGAAUCAGUUGUUGCCUUCAAAGGAGUCAAGGUCUCCGACUUUGGUGGGCGGAGUUUGAGCUUGCUGAGUUCCGGUUCAAUGGCCGUUGACCCCGACAUUGGAGAAGCUCACCGACUGAAGGGCUGGUAUGAUGCACAGGGAAGAACAGAGGCGUUCACUUCCCACGCCUCACUUUCUGGUGCCACUAACUCAAACAUGAAGUCGGAUCCCUUCAAAACCAUUGCCCAGGUUCGUGAGGAACAGUUGGGCAUGUCUGACCAAGUGGACUACUUCUCUCUCAAAGCAACGGUCGUAUUCAUCCGGCAGGAAUCUACCUGGUGCUACCCCGCCUGCCUCUCCGAAGGUUGCAAUAAAAAGGUGACAGAGUUGGAUGCUGGCCAGUGGCGAUGUGAAAUGUGCGACAAGACCCAUCCCCGACCGGAAUAUCGGUACAUCAUGCCGAUCAGUGUGAGCGAUCAUACGGGCCAGCUCUGGCUCAGCUGUUUCGACGACACUGGACGGCUGAUCAUGGGCACUUCUGCGGAUAACCUCAUGCAACUUCGUGAAGAUGACAAUGAGGCAUUCCAGGCAGUCUUCCAUGAGGCAAACUGCCGAACAUGGAGCUUCCGGUGCCGAGCUAAGAUUGAUACAUUUGGCGAGCAGCAACGGGUUCGAUACCAGGUCUCGUCCGCCAAGGCCAUCAACUAUUCCGAGGAAGCUUCUCGUUUGGCAGAGAUCAUUAACUCCUACAGCCUGGACUAG